CUAAAGUCCAGUGUGUUUGAGCCAUGUCACAGAGUGGUUCCACCAGAGAUGUUCUUUGCUUCAUGUGUAUAUGAUCUCUGUGCAUGCGGAGCUGGAGAUGAGUGUCUGUGUGAUGCUCUGGAAGCAUACGCAUCAGAGUGCAGGGAGGCUGGAGUUGUCUUGCAGUGGAGGUCUCCAGCACUAUGCGCUGUUGGCUGUCCACAUGACAGAGGUUACGUGUUCGAUGAAUGUGGCCCUCCCUGUCCCAAGACAUGCUUCAAUAAAGAUGUUCCUCUUGGAGUUCUGGAGUCUCACUGUUUUAAGCCGUGUGUUCCUGGCUGUCAAUGUCCAGCUGGGCUGGUAGAACAUGAAUCUCACUGCAUCCCACCCGAGUCAUGCCCCAAGAUUAUUCAUGGAAACCUCUAA